AUGGACGCCCGCGUAGAGAACUUUAUAGUCGGACACAACUACCAGCUGCAGGAGGUCAUCGGCGAGGGCGCGUACGGCAUCGUAUGCUCGGCGACGCACGUACCGUCGCAGCGCAAGGUGGCGAUCAAGCGCAUCACGCCGUUCGAUCACUCGAUGUUCUGCCUGCGCACGCUGCGAGAGAUCAAGCUCCUGCGGCACUUCCAUCACGAGAACAUCAUAUCUAUACUCGAUAUUCUCCAGCCGGCGUCCAUCGAUGAUUUCAAGGAGGUGUAUCUCGUGCAAGAGCUGAUGGAGACGGACUUGCAUCGCGUUAUCAGGACGCAGACGCUGUCGGACGACCAUUGCCAGUACUUCAUUUACCAGACAUUGCGCGCGUUGAAAGCUUUGCACUCGGCCGACGUGUUGCAUCGUGACCUGAAGCCUUCAAACUUGCUACUGAACGCCAACUGCGACCUCAAGCUCUGUGACUUCGGCCUGGCACGGUCAGCUCGUCCCCCACCCAACCUCGAUGACAGCAGCAACUUCCUAACAGAAUACGUCGCAACACGAUGGUACCGCGCGCCCGAAGUAAUGCUCACGUUCAAAGAGUACACCCGAGCGAUCGAUAUAUGGUCCGUAGGCUGCGUACUCGCCGAGAUGCUCUCAGGCAAACCGCUCUUCCCGGGCCGAGACUAUCACUCGCAGCUGUCACUUAUCCUCGACAUCCUCGGCACGCCUUCGCUCGACGAUUUCUACGCUAUAACGUCCCAGCGCUCGCGUGAGUAUCUCCGCGCGCUGCCCUUCCGGAAGAAACAUCCUUUCAGCCAACUAUUUCCCAACGCGAACCCGCUCGCCAUCGACUUCCUGGAAAAGUGCUUGACGUUUAGCCCGAAGAAGCGCAUCGACGUGUCCGAGGCGCUCGCGCAUCCGUACCUCGAGUCGUAUCAUGACCCGGAGGACGAGCCGACGGCGCCGCCGCUGGACCCCUCGUUCUUCGACUUUGAUGGGCCGGAUACGUUGGGGAAGGAGGAGCUGAAAGUGAUGAUAUACCAGGAGAUCACCACGCCGCCUCCGAACCACGCGUAUUCUUCGCAAUAG